GUUCUCUCACCGACGACGCGGGAAAAUGACCGCCACUGCACAGCUCGUCUGCUAUGUUAAGGUUGCAUGCAGUGUCCUCAGACGACAUGAUUGAUGCAGACGUAGACGAUACUACACCUGACCAGACCAAUGAGGAAGCUGGCGAUGUUCCUAGCCAAAUUGCUGCGGGCGAGCCUUGUGCCGGCGUCGGCGAGGCACUGGUCGGCGACGCGCAGGAGGAGGGCAGCACCAUAACACGUGAUGACUUGGAGAAUGGUUGUGAAAAUGGGCUAGACGUAGCCGAGGACACAGGUUGGAGUGGUCUUGAAAAGGGCGCUCCCGAGGAUAACGCGUAUGCUCCUCGAUCUGAAGACUGUGUCGACGCCGCCGAUGGUGCUGGCGACGAUCUAUAUCGUCGCGUACGAGAGUUAGCCGUUGAGGCGAUCAAUGCGCUUGAGCUCCUAUCCCCCGACGAAGCUCUUGCUGUGCCUGCCAUGACUCACUGCCGGAGAAUGUGCGAGCAUGACUUCCUGAGUCACUGGGACAUGGCCGGGCGAAAACCAUACCAGAGGUACUCGGACUUUGCAUAUGGCCAGCAUGUUUCGGAGGACGUGUUCGAAUUCCGCGUGAAUGAAGCCGCUGAAGAUGAGAUCAUGAACAGGAUCAAGGAGUGCAUCGAAGGGCGACUUGGGGCAGAUGCACUCGACCAAGAAGGGGGUAAAACGAACCACUUGCUGGACAACAAGCACACGCACAUCGGUAUUGGAGUGCAUGUUGUAGAUGACCGGCUCCGCUAUGCGGAGGUAUACGCCGAUCGCUACUUGGAGCUGCUCGACUCUCCGGCUGAGCUAUCUGUUGCAGACGCAGCCUCGGGGUCCCACAUCUCGGUGCAGAUGACUUCGUCGGAUGUUGGACCAUACGCCUGCCUCGUGUUUCAUGACCCGGUGGCGACUCCGCUGACCGUGGGGGAACUGCAGCAGCAGUUCAGCGGGCCGUACUCGGAUUUCACAACAUCACAGACUAAAGCGUGGUGCUUCAUUGCCAAGGUGAGCAUCAUCUGGCCGUGGCAAAUGGAUGUCUUGGAGGACGGGGUUUUCGGUAUUCCGGUAUCGGUAUCCCCGAUUGAGGCCGGCACGUACUACGUGCAGAUUCUCGUCCGUGAAGACCCAGGAAGCAUACCCUAUGACACGGAUCCAGUAGGUGGACUCCCGUUGCCAGGAGAGAGUUUUUGCGGAGGUGCACUCGUGUUGAGGGCUUCCGAAGAAGGGGAAGCAAACAUGGGGAUGUCUGAUCUGGACGGAGCGGGUGGACUUUUGUCCAACAAUGGAGGUGGGACCUUGGAAGAAAGGGAAGCAAGAACGAUGGCAUCGACAAGCGCACUUCGUCGCGACCUCCCACCUAUCGUCAGAGUACGCGUCGUGCAGGACGCCGGCGGAAGAAUGCAACAGGAAGCCUCCUAUGAGAGCAAGGUUUUUAUGCCUCGCGAAAGGGCAGAAGACAUGGCGCAGUUGAAUCUCGCGAUGGAGUUCCUUCGCUGGGGCGCGUGGGACGACUUCUCAUCGCGGGAACAUACUAGCGAAGGAACCGGUACCAUUGUUGACCCAGCCGUCGCGACGAAGGAAGGGCAGACGGCGGGCGAGAUGGAAGACCUGAACGAGGGAGGAGCGGCGUCGGAAGCGCCCGUAGAUCCAGAUAAAGCUGCCACUGACGGUCAUGACGCCCCAACAGAAGCCCGUACCACCCCCGAAGAAGCUACAGAUCCUGGCGGCAUUGCUACACAAGAAACGGAAAUGAAACAAGGAAUUGCGGAUUCCGAGGGCCGGGGGGGGAAUGAUGACGCAAGUGAUGCACAUCAGCCUCCGGUCGAGGGAGAGGGGAGCGAGAGUGCGGAUCAUGAGUUGAUGAAUGGGCACGACGCAGAACCUGAAGUACCGUGGGUGGUUACCGAUAUCGCGAUUGUCAGGUUCAGGGAAGGCGAAAAGGUGGAACCACCCGAAGAUUUCGAGCUCGUACCGGGAGACCUUGCCAACCCUCCGGCCUUAGACGGCGACGAUAGUACCAAAGAAGCGGUCGGAGAACAGUCAAGUGGAGAGGUGGCGGAAGGCAAGACCACCGCAGAGCCGAUAGAGAGAGGGAAGGGGCACGAGGGAGAAGGGGGCACUUGUGGUCGAGAUAUGGUGUUUCUCUGUGUCAAGAUGGCGCGAUACACGGAUUCAGUUUCACCACUGACAGACCUUGCAGUGGUGUAUGGCACAGAGGGCUUUCAGAUGGGCUUUGGCUUCGUCACUAUUGCGCUACCCCAGGUUGUGAACGAGCUAUACGAUAGCACAAUACAUGUGUGCUACAAAAAAGCGGGGGCUGCAUUGGCUGUGAUCCAGCAGGUUGCUGAAAAGACCGCCGAAAAGGCGGCGAAGCAGAUCCAACGGCACCUCGGCAUUGAAGGAGGGGACGGGGAUGGCAAGGCUGACCCAAUGGACGACGAAGUGUAUGACGUCGAUACGAACAUGACGGCUGAUCAGAUGCUGGAAUGGGAAGAGAAGCGGAAUCGGGAGGCCGCGGAAAGAGCGCACAACCGAGAAAAGGUGGAGAGGGACCAUCGGCGCAAGGAAGCGAGCGAUGCCGUGCGAAGGCAGAUUGCAGAAGCCCUGAAAGAGAAAGAUGAGCUCGUCAAGCAAAAUGGCGAAUGGCAGAAGAAGAUUGCGUCUCUCAUGUUGAGCCAACAGAAAACCAGAGAGGAGGCCAGGACCGAGCACGGUGGGAGGGGAGUCGAGAAGGAAGCAACCCCAUUGCACGAGAGCGAGAAAAACUACGCUGAAUCCCUUGCCUCUAUCGUGUCUUGUCGGGAGAAGCUUCAAGAGCAGCAGGCUGAGUACGAUACCGUGGCAAUUGCUCUUCAGACAAGGUUGGACGAGAAAGAGUACAAAUCACGCGAAAUAGCUGACUCUUUCCGGGAUUUUAAGAGAGAGAUUGCUCGGACAGCGGAACAUAGUCGCACGGGCAAGGCGAUACCGAAGGGGGUCAUCUCUCAGUUUGAGGCAGCGGAAGCCAAGAAAGAUCGGGAGAUCGAAAAGGUGCGUUUGAAGAACAUCAACUUGCGUAUGAUGCUUAGAAAGGUGGAGGGAAGUCUUCGAGCGAAGGAGCAACUCGCGGAAGGGCUCCAUCUCAUCGACUUCGAGCAACUGAAGAUUGAAAACCAAACGGUCAACGAGAAAAUCGAGGAGAGAAACGAGGAGCUCCUAAAGCUCCGGAAGAAGAACACCACCACGGUUCAGAUCCUUACCCACACUAAGGAGAAGCUGCAAUUCGUCGCAGCGGAGAAUUCCGUCACAAGUCACCAGCUUUCGAUUCUGGAAGACGACCUCAACCAGGAAAGGGAUCGUCUCACCCGAGCCAAGAAAGAUCGAGACACCCUUCGCAGGGAAGUAGCCAGUCUUAGGCAAAGCCAGGGGUUUGCAAACAGCGAUCUACUGAUCCUGGACUUCGAGCAAAGAAAGUCGCACCUCAAGAAGCUAGGGCAGAAGCUAGAGGAGAUGAAAUCGAAGCACCACCUUCUGCUGCUGGAGCAAGAGAGCAUCGAAGAACGCACGCAAGAGCUAGGAGCGGUGCAGCUGUGAACAAAGCUUGUCGUGAUUGCUCGUGUUCGCAAUUGCUAGUGUAGACUGAAGGACGUGUAGCGGCGUAGGCGACCGGGGAGUUCCUGCUACGAGAUCGCCAGCCUGCACGUAAAAGGUUUAGUCAUUGUUGGCAUUGUAGCACCCGCUAUCGUUGAACGUCAUACAAGUAUGGCGUCUAUGAAGAGAGAAACGGGUGAUGUAGUCCGUGCGCGUUGUUUUAUUUCGUAUCCGGCACUCAAUUCGGCUAUUGACAGCUUAAAUGGCGUUGAGCUCCAGGAGUUGGAGUGUCUUGAGGUCUGGUGGAUUGGCAGCUCAACUGUGCUUCUUGGUUUGGAGGCUUGGCAACGAACACGUGCGCACUUGCCGGAGCCAUGCAGUCUCGUGGGGAAGUCUUGUUGCUAGUCGGCGAUGUCCCCCUUCUGAGGUAGGCGUUCAUUUUCGUGUCAUAUUAUUCCACCUGAACGAUCGGCAGUAUUAUCAUGCCCCCUGAGCACAGGUUUCGUCCUUUUGUUGGCGUUUGUCUC